GAUAGUUCCUUGCUUGAAUUCCAUAAAAGCGUCAACCACUCUUACCUAAAUCACCACUUGGAUUUGCGAAGCAUGGAGCGACACACUGCCUUCACUGCACUACGUGCAUUGCUUCUCAGCGUUUUGCUAGUUCCUGAUGCCAGCUGUUUGGGCAACUAUACGAGGCGACUGGAAGUCUACGUAAAUUCGUUUUCUUGCAAGACAGACUGCAUCUGCUCUACACUAGAGGCACCGACCCUUGCAAAUGCCUGUGGCUUCUCGAAGCAACCCUUCUUCAUGACUACAGUAGAGAGACUACUGGAGAAGCAGUGCGACCUGGUGGACCCGCUUUCCUGCCCAGACACAGGCAAUAAACUCGCUGAUGAGGUCGUCGAUUUUGUUGUUAUUGGUGCCGGGACUGCUGGCUGCGUUAUGGCAAACCGUCUCACCGAAAACGAGGAUUGGAAAGUGGCGCUUCUAGAAGCUGGGGGGCCUGAACCCACCGGGACACAAUACCCAGGCUCCUAUUUCGCGUACUCUAAACCUCCACCGCAGUCGAAAAUCAACUGGAACUUCGAGACUGAGCCCCAGGAGAAUGCUUGUCUGGGCAGGCCGGGAAAAAGGUGCAUGUGGCCUAGAGGGAAGGUGAUGGGUGGGACUGGCGUCCUGAACGGGAUGAUGUUUAUGCGCGGAAAUCGAAGGGACUACGACAACUGGGCAGCAGCGGGAAACACUGGCUGGGACUACGAGUCAGUGUUUCCAUACUUCCUGAAGUCGGAAGACAACCAGCAGAUCGGUGACGUGUAUAAGAAGGAAUAUCAUGGCCAAGGCGGUUAUCUUACGAUAGGACAAUUCAACGAUCACCCUAAGAUGGCAGACGAUAUAAUGGAAGCAGCAGCAGAGCUCGGUUACCGUUCAAGGGUAGAUCUGAACGGGGAGAGUCCCAUCGGUUACACGAUCGCUCAGGCAAACAACAGGGACGGCGCUAGGCUCAGCACCAACAAAGGUUUCAUCAGUUCCAUUCUGGACAGGCCUAAUCUCUUUAUCAGCAUGAAAUCUAUGGUAACCAAGAUUGUUAUUGACAAACGCACAAAGAAGGUAAAAGGCGUCCAAUAUUUUAAAGAUGGGCGAUACAGGAUGAUCCGUGUUAUGAAGGAAGUUAUUGUGAGCGCAGGAGCACUUCAGUCUCCGCAGAUCCUCAUGUUGUCCGGCAUCGGACCAAAAAAUCACCUAAAACAUGUCGGUGUUCCUGUUAUUCAAGACUUACCGUCGGUUGGAAGCAAUCUCAUGAACCAUGUUUCAUACAGUGUCAAUUUUAUCGUUCACAACUCCUCAAGCUUUGAAGAUCUGAAUAUGGACACCUUGACGCAAUACCUCAGCACGCGUAAGGGACCAAUGUCGUCAACAGGCAUGUCACAGGUGACCGGCCUGAUCCGCUCGAAGUACGCUGAACCAGAUCUCCAGGACAUCCAAAUGUUUUUCGAAGGAUACUUGGGGAACUGUUCUGUGACUGGGGAAAACGACGAGCCGCUCCGAACAGGAACCAAACGCUCUGUGACUAUCACCCCCGCACUUCUGGUGCCCAAGAGUCUAGGUUACGUGCGACUACGCGACAAAUCGCCCUUCAGCCACCCUCUGUUUCAUCUCAACUACCUCUCCCACCAGAGUGAAGUGGACGUUCUAGUGGACGGCGUCAGGAAGGCGAUCCAGUUGUCAGAAACAAAGGCUUUGAAGGAGUACCAGCUGGAAUUAGACAGAACACCUGUUAAGGGCUGCGAGAAGUUCAAAUUCAACACUGAUUCGUACUGGGCAUGUGCCAUUAGGACCAUGACUAAUGCCGAAAACCACCAGGCCGGGACGUGCACCAUGGGACCAUCUCCAAAUAAAGCUGUGGUUGACAGCACGCUCAAGGUUCAUGGUAUCAAGGGCCUUCGUGUUAUAGAUGCUUCGAUCAUGCCGAACGUAACUCGAGGCAAUAUCAAUGCUCCCAUUAUUAUGAUCGCAGAGAAAGGAUCAGACUUAAUAAAGGCUGACUGGAAAUAAUGAAUUGCUAAGCCUGCUCAUGAAAGAAAUAUUUCGGCUUGUGCCGAACUGGUGCAAUAUUUCAGUAAACAUUUGUACUUUAGACUCUCUUUUUCCAACCUUAUCAAUUUCAAGAUGUGUUUACUUCAAACUGGCUGUGAGAACAAUAAAAUAAGUCAUGAAUACAAAAACAAAA